GUCUCAUACUGAUCCGCCAAAAAGCGCUGGUUGGCCAGAUGCCAGGCAACCACAAAGUCUACAAGAUCACCAAGAUAGCUGUCAUUCCUCUCUCUGAGGAAGAGCCACUGGAUCUGGAGCUGGAGGUGAGAGACUGUAUGUGAUGAGGCACGUUUUAUCUUUGAGCUUUAUGGAGCUCUGAGCACUCAAGUAGUACUGGGACUUUAAGAAGUGUAGAAAUGCAGCCGUAAUCUAAUUAAAGUAGCCACUGAUGUGCUAUUGUCUCCUUUUUUAAAGCUGCAAUAUCUAACUUUUUGGGCGACCCGACCAAAUUCACAUAGAAAUGUCUUAUAGAUCUGUCAUUCUCAUUGAAAGAAAUGGUAGAGAUGUUCUAUGUGCGCCAUUUCUAUGCUUCCCGUUCUUAAGUUUAGUUUUUGCGUCUUUUACUUUCGGUUAUGUACACCAGCUUCAAACAGCUGAAAAUACAAUAGAUGGUACAAUGAUUCUCUUAACUAUACUUGCUUGUUUUGUCACAUAAACUAAAAUUAGGCUAACUAUUCGAAUUUUAGCAACCAGGAAAUGGCGUAGUGAUUUCUGCAUAGUGCAUCUUUAAUCUAGGUUACAGUCAUCAUGAGAUGUAAUGAAAACCAUAGCUUGCCGCUAUCAUCUAGGCUAGCCUUAGUUGUUUUCAAUUUUAUGAUUGCAUUUCAAUGUUUCUAGUAAGUAUCUCAAUUGCCCUGUUUUGAUUGACACCUUGAUGAGUCCCCACCAAUGAAUCACCUUGUAAGAUGAACAUCCAAGGUACACUACAUUAGUGUUCUUUUUCUGCAUUGCUAAUGUUAAUCAGAAUUGUUUAAUUAGAAACCAAAAUAAUGGGAUUUUGCCAAAUGAUCUCAGAGGAAUUGGGAUUUUACUUAGAUGCCAGUCUUACAGGUGAGCCAUGAUGAUGAUACAGAUGAUAUCGAUACUGAUCAUGAGAAAGUAAGUGAAACUUUUCCAGUAAACGGGAUCUGUUGGAUAAUCAUGUCUCUGGUAUGUUUCUAGAACCUAGCCCUACAUACUGUCCAUACCACAGAAUUAUUAUUCCAUCCCGUCUAGGUUAGGAAUUCAGUAGCCCUGUGAAGUUGUUUUAGUUUUCUAAACCAGUUGUUUUGGAUGUUUUUGACUGUUGGUAGCGAGUAGCUUUGAAUUGAUGUAAUUAGCUAGCAAUCAAAUUGAGACUGAACCAAUUAACCCACAGACGCCAUAGCGAUUAGCUGUCAAUCAACCUCAUAGACAUGUCCACCAGUAUGAUCCCAAUUGUCUAUCAUUCCCUGUAAAUAUAUUUGGAAUACAUUAAUCAUUAAUUAAAUUAUAAGGAAGACUUAUAGCAGAGUUGGGGUCAAUUCAGAAUGCGUUGGUAUACUCAGUUAGCCUAAGAUGAACGAAAUGAAUGGUAAUGCUUUCAGAUGGGUUAUAAAAGUGACCGUAUUUCCCAGAGUUCAUAUUUAAAUUCCUGUCACACAUCACUACAGGGGAUGAUGACGUUGGUAUGUUAACAGUGUACAAUUUUGAUAGAAAGUGGAAUAGAAAGUCUGUCCUUUUUCUUUUAGCUUUGUAAGAAGCAUCACUUUGGGAUCGACAAACCAGAGAAGCUUGCACGGUCUCCAGAUGAGUCGAAAUACCUGAUGAAAACUCUGAGUCAGAUCAAGUCCAAUGUUGGGGCUCCCACUAAGAAAAAGGUAAUAUAAUUUGUGGUACUGUGCUCAGAAAUCCCAUGUAUUAUCAUCUUUCAUGCCUCUUGUACAUUUUUGAAUUGGUACAUUUGCUUUUAUUUACUGUCAUUACAAAAUACUUGGACAUAUAUGUUUUUUAUAUAUACUUUUAAAAAAUAUAUGAUUUUGCCAAUUUAAUACCAUCCCUGUCCAUGCCCACCACCCAGUAUUCCCCUGCCUUUCAGGUCAAGGAAAACAAAGAGAAGGAACGUCUCGAGAGGCGGCUGCUCGAGGAGUUGUACAAGAUAUUCAUGGACUCCGAUUCCUUCUACUACAGCAUGACUUAUGACCUCACCAACACUGUGCAGAGGCAGGGAGACACAGAAAAGUCCAACUUGCCCCAAUGGAAACAGGUAAGUGGUUAUUACUACACUCAAAGCACACAGGUCGCAUUUACUAAGACAUUUACUAAAUAACCGCAGGCUGCAUUAAAUCGGAUCACUGGUCACGUUUGGCCCGCGGGUCGCCAGUUUGAGAUGCUUGGUUUAAGUACAGUAGUAUUUUACCACACAUUUCAUGUCUUUUAAGAUAAGUGGUUUAACCGAGCUUCAAUAAGUCAAAUAAAGUAAUUGUGUUUGACUGAUAAUAGUUAUUUUCCUCUUCAAGGUGGAUGACAGAUUCUUCUGGAACAAACACAUGGUCCAGGAGCUAAUUGAUCUGCAGGUAACUGAUGUAUUUCAAGACUGUAUACAGUGCAUUCGGAAAGUAUUCAGACCCCUUCCCUUUAUCCACAUUUUGUUACAUUACAGCCUUAUUCAACAACAACCCAUAAUGACAAAGCGAAAACAGGUUUUUAUAAUUUUUGGUAAAUUUAUAAAAAAUUAAACACAGAAAUACGUUAUUUACAUAGAUAUUCAGACCCUUUGCUAUGAGACUCGAAAUUGAGCUCCGGUGCAUCCUGUUUCCAUUAAUCAUCCUUGAGAUGUUUCUACAACUUGAUUGGAGUCCACCUGUGGUAAAUUCAAUUGAUUGGACAUGAUUUGGAAAGGCACACACCUGUCUAUAUAACGUCCCACAGUUGACAGUGCCUGUCAGCAAAAACCAAGCCAUGAGGUUGAAGGAAUUGUCCGUAGAGCUCCGAGACAGGAUUGUAUCGAGGCACAGAUCUGGGGAAGUGUACCAAAAAAUGUCUGCAGCAUAGAAGGUCCCCAAGAACACAGUGGCCUCCAUCAUUCUUAAAUGGAAGAAGUUUGGAACCACCAAGACUCUUCAGAGAGCUGGCUGCCCGGCCAAACUGAGCAAUGAGGGGAGAAGGGCCUUGGUCAGGGAGGUGACCAAGAACCCGAUGGUCACUCUGACAGAGCUCCAGAGAUCCCCUCUGGAGAUGGGAGACCCUUCCAGAAGGACAACCAUCUCUGCAGCACUCCACCAAUCAGGCCUUUAUGGUAGAGUGGCCAGACGGAAGCCACUCCUCAGUAAAAGACACACGACAGCCCGCUUGCAGUGUGCCAAAAGGCACCUAUAGGACUCUCAGAACAUGAGAAAUAAGAUUCUCUGGUCUGAUGAAACCAAGAUUGAACUCUUUGGGCUGAAUGCCAAGCGUCACGUCUGGCCAAUACCAUCUCUACGGUGAAGCAUGGUGGUGGCAGCAUCAUGCUGUGGGCAUGAUUUUCAGCGGCAGGUACUGGGAGACUAGUCAGGAUCAAGGGAAAGAUGAACGGAGCACAGCGAGAUCCUUGAAUACCUGCUCCAGAACACUCAGGACCUCAGACUGGGGUCUGGGUUCACCUUCCAACAGGACAAAAACCCUAAGCACACAGCCAAGACAAUGCAAGAUUGGCUUCGGGACAAGUCUCUGAAUGUCCUUGAGUGGCCCAGCCAGAACCCGGACUUGAACCCGAUUUGAAGAACUCUGGAGAGACCUGAAAAUAGCUGUGAAGCGACGCUCUCUAUCCAACCUGACAGAGCUUGAGAGGAUCUGAAGAGAAGAAUGGGAGAAACUCCCCAAAUACAGGUGUGCCAAGCUUUUAGCGUCAUACCCAAGAAGACUCGAGGCUGUAAUCGCUGUAAGGUGCUUCGACAAAGUACUGAGUAAAGGGUCUGAAUACUUAUGUAAAUGUGAUAUGAACUUUUUUUUUAUACAUUUGCACACAAAAAUAAUCCUGUUUUUGUUUUUGUCGUUAUGAGGUAUUGUGUGUAGAUUGAUGAGGGGGAAAAAGCUAUUUAAUCAAUUUUAGAAUAAGGCUGUAACUUAACAAAAUGUGGAAGAAGUCAAGGAAUCUGAAUACUUUCCGAAUGCACUGUAUAAGAAUACAGAUGGUCAUGGUGCACUGGUGUGGCACUGAACGCUUCUGCAGAACACUAUCUGAACAAUAGGGAAAUGUUCUAGCAAGGAAACAAUUAGUGUUAGGUAUUAUUGGAGUGAUUUGAACGGAUACCAAUCGUACUCCUUUAAAUCUAUGUUAAAUAUAUACUGAACUACUGCAUUCCCUCUUUAUACAUCUACAUUUAGCAUCACUGUAUAGAGUUUAGUUGUAACUUUUCUUGUUGUGUUGCAGGUUCCAGAGGUGGACUUCUGGGUGACACCCAUCAUCCAGGGCUUUGUGCAGGUGCAGGAGCUGGUGGUGAAUUACAACGAGAGCCCAGACGAGGAGAAGAGCAGCCCAGAUACGCCGCUCCAGGAGAUCACCUGCGUGGACGACAUCCACCCGCGCUUUACCGUGGCCCUCAUCUCCCGCCGCAGUCGCCACCGCGCAGGUACAGUACAGAGGUCAAUGGUCAUGGACACCCAGGCUAAAUUGCUAGGUUCUAUUUGCAACACUUUGAUAAGUCAUAGUUAAACUCUGAUGAUUAUUGGAGGGUGAAUUUAAUGAUCAUAGUUUUCUUCUCCCCAAAGGGAUGCGGUACAAACGCAGAGGGGUAGACACAGAUGGCCACGUGGCUAACUUUGUGGAGACAGAGCAGCUGAUACACGUGCACAACCACUCACUGUCCUUUGUGCAGAGCCGCGGUUCGGUGCCUGUCUUCUGGAGCCAAGCAGGCUACCGCUACAACCCCAGGCCUCGGCUGGAGAAAGGUCAGUGGGAUAUUACCAAUCCAAAAUACUGCCUUGGGUAUAAUGAGUGCGUUCGUUUAAGCUUGUCCAGUGCCCCGGGUGGGCCAAAUUUCUUUUUAUGACUAAUGGAAUGGUCUUAAAUAUGCAAACUCCACCCACCCAGGGCACUGGGCAAGCUAAAAUGAAUGCGACCCCAUCAUAUACUUUUUCCCGUUAUGUUAUAAUAAUCUUUUCAGGAGAGAAGGAGACCAUUCCUUACUUUGCUGCUCACUUUGACGAACAGCUCAACCUUUACAAGAAGCAGGUGAGAAUCAUAUGCCGGACAGCAUUGGCAUUACUUUGAUAUCAAUACCAAAGCUUGAGUUUUAGUUUAACAUAAGUAGAGACUUAUUGUUUAUAGUAAAAUGAAUGCAAUUUACAACUAUGUUUUCUCUUGUUUUGACAGGUCAUCAUAAACUUAGUGGACCAAAGUGGGCGUGAGAAGAUUAUUGGCGAUGCAUAUCUCAAACAAGUCCUUCUGUACAACAAUCCUAACCUCACAUAUGUCUCUUUUGACUUCCAUGAGCACUGGUAAGAAAAUUGAUGCACAGAAACAAUCAGCUCUUGACUGCACAGAUCAUUUAAUACUGAACAAAAAUAUAAACGCAACAUGUAAAGUGUUGGUCCCAUGUUUCAUGAGCUGAAAUAAAAGAUCCCAGACAUUUUUCCAUAUGCACAGGUGUGGCAUAUCAAGAAGCUGAUUAAACCGCAUGAUCAUUACACAGGUACACCUUGUGCUGGGGACAAUAAAAGGCCACUCUAAAAUGUGCAGUUUUGUCACACAACACAAUGCCACAGAUGUCUCAAGUUUUGAGGGAGCGUGCAAUUGGCAUGCGGAUGGCAGGAAUGUCCUCCAGAGCUCUUGCCAGAAUUGAAUGUUCAUUUCUCUACCAUAAGCCUCCUCCAACGUCAUUUUAGAGAAUUUGGCAGUAAGUCCAACCAGUCUCACAACCGCAGACCACGUGUAACCAUGCCAGUCCAAGACCUCCACAUCCGGCUUCUUCAACAGUGGGAUCAUCAAAGACCAGCCACCCGGACAGCUGAUGAAACUGAGGAGUAUUUCUGUCUGUAAUAAAGCCCUUUUGUUGGGAAAAACUAAUUCUGACUGGCUGCGCCCCUGCCCAGUCUUGUGAAAUCCAUAGAUUAGGGCCUAAUUACAUUUUACAUUUUAGUCAUUUAGCAGACGCUCUUAUCCAGAGCGACUUACAGGAGCAAUUAGGGUUAAGUGCCUUGCUCAAGGGCACAUCGACAGACUUUUCACCUAGUCGGCUCGGGGAUUAGAACCAGCGACCUUUCGGUUACUGGCACAACGCUCUUAACCACUAAGCUACCUGUCUGAUUUCCUUAUAUGAACUGUAACUCACAAAAAUCUUUGAAAUUGUUGCAUGUUGUGUUUUGUGUUUUUGUUAAGUAUAAUAAGUAAAUUCAAUAAGGAAAGAAUAACCUAAACUACAAUUCUUGUAUUUAUUUAUUUAUUAUAGUAUGCACUUCCCCUGUAUAUAUUAAAUUGGUAUUUUGUCUUCUCAGUCGAGGUAUGAAGUUUGAGAAUGUGCAAACGCUGACAGAUGCCAUCUCUGAUAUUAUCGCAGACAUGAGAUGGGGCUGGUAAGUGUGUGGGAGUGUGUGCCAACCUCAAUAUACUUUUUUUUUAUUGGGCAAGAAAAUCCUCAAUGAAUCAGUAAUUGAUUGCACAUGUGGAUCAGAAGCUCCAUAUCUACAUGCAAUGCAUCACACAGUGAAUGGUUCUCUUUCAGGGUGGACCAGGCAGGAGUCAUCUGCCAUCAGGAGAGCAUUUUCCGGGUCAACUGCAUGGACUGUCUGGACAGGACCAAUGUAGUCCAGGCUGCCAUAGCUCGUGCAGUAAUGGAGGCGCAGGUGAGACAUUUCCCCACUUCAAACAUGGCAACUUAAAGCUGAUGAUGUAAUGGUAGACAUGGUAAUGGUUGACAUAUUACAUAUUAAAAGGAAAAUAACAAAACAUAAAAUGUAAACUUUUUCAGUGGAAUUCCCCUGUAAGUGUAGUUUUCUGGCAAAGGUUCCAUGGUGUCUGAUGGCUAACUUUGUCUCUGCGUCCCUCAGCUGAAGAAACUGGGUGUGAUGCCCCCUGAGCAGCCUCUGCCACUCAAGUGCUACAGGAUCUACCAGGUCAUGUGGGCCAACAACGGCGACACCAUCAGCAGACAGUACGCCGGCACGGCCGCCCUCAAGGUAAAAUCAUUAGCAUGUGUAAAGUUUUAAGCUAAUAUUAGGUUUGCUAUAUUCGGUUUGCAUCUGCCAACAGUAUACUGUCCUGUUUCUCCACAGUUAGUAGGCCUCCGCUGCCUGGGUAAAUGUAUCAAGUAAUGAAACAAGAAAUGAGGGCGGCAGGUAGCCUAGUGGUUAAGAGCAUUGGGCCAGUAGCCGGCUAGGUGAAAAAUCUCUCGGUGACCUUGAGCAAGUCACUUAACCCUAAUUGCUCCUGUAAGUCGCUCUGGAUAAAAGCGUCUGCGAAAUGACUAAAAUGUAAAAUGUCAAACAUAUUUGCUCAGUUAUGUUUAACUACCUAUUAUACACAUACUCUUUCCAUGAGACUGACCAGGUGAAUCCAGGUGAAAGCUUUGAUGCCUUAUUGAUGUCACCUGUUAAAUCCACUUCAAUCAGUGUAGAUAAAGGGGAGGAGAUGGGUUAAAGAAGGAUUUUUAAGCAUCAACAAUUGAGACAUGGAUUGUGUAUGUGUGCCAUUCAAAGGGUGAAUGGGCAAGACAAAAAAUAUAAGUUCCUUUGAACAGGGUAUGGUAGUAGGUGCCAAGCGCACCGGUUUGAGUGUGUCAAUAACUGCAACGCUGCUGGGUUUUUCACGCUCAACAGGUUCCCGUGUAUAUCAAGAAUGGUCCAACACCCAAACGACAUCCAGCCAACUUACAUUUUAGUCAUUUAGCAGACGCUCUUAUCCAGAGCGACUUACAGUUAGUGAGUGCAUACAUUAUUUUUAUUUUAUUUUUCAUACUGGCCCCCCGUGGGAAAUGCCAUGCUCUACCAACUGAGCUACAUCCCUGCCGGCCAUUCCCUCCCCUACCCUGGACGACGCUGGGCCAAUUGUGCGCCACCCCAUGGGUCUCCCGGUCGCGGUCGGCUACGACAGAGCCUGGAUUCGAACCAGGACCACUGCGCCACUCGGGAGAUUACUUGACACAACUGUGGGAAGCAUUGGAGUGAACAUGGGCCAGCAUCCCUGUGGAAUACUUUCGACACCUUGUAGAGUCCAUGCCCCGACGAAUUGUGUCUAGUUUGAGAAACAGACGCCUCACAGGUCCUCAACUGGCAGCUUUAUUAAAUAGUACCCGCAAAACACCAGUCUCAACGUCAACAGUGAAGAGGCGACUCCGGGAUGCUGACCUUCUAGGCAGAGUUGCAAAGAAAAAGCCAUAUCUCAGACUGCCCAUCUUAAUCUUUUCUUUUUAUUGGCCAGUCUGAGAUAUGGCUUUUUCUUUGCAACUCUGUCUAGAAGGUCAGCAUCCCGGAGUUGCCUCUUCUAUAUAGUCCCGUGUAGCUCAGUUGGUAGAGCAUGGGGUUUGCAACGCCAGGGUUGUGGGUUCAUUUCCCACGGGGGACCAGUAAGACAUUUUUUAAAUAAUUAUGCACUCACUAACUGUAAGUCGCUCUGGAUAAGAGCGUCUGCUAAAUGACUAUAAUGUAAAAAAAAUGUAAAAUAUAUCUCAUACAGUGGGGAAAAAAAGUAUUUAGUCAGCUACCAAUUGUGCAAGUUCUCCCACUUAAAAAGAUGAGAGAGGCCUGUAAUUUUCAUCAUAGGUACACGUCAACUAUGACAGACAAAUUGAGGACAUUUUAUUUAUUUGCAAAUUAUGGUGGAAAUUAAGUAUUUGGUCACCUACAAACAAGCAAGAUUUCUGGCUCUCACAGACCUGUAACUUCUUCUUUAAGAGGCUCCUCUGUCCUCCACUCGUUACCUGUAUUAAUGGCACCUGUUUGAACUUGUUAUCAGUAUAAAAGACACCUGUCCACAACCUCAAACAGUCACACUCCAAACUCCACUAUGGCCAAGACCAAAGAGCUGUCAAAGGACACCAGAAACAAAAUUGUAGACCUGCACCAGGCUGGGAAGACUGAAUCUGCAAUAGGUAAGCAGCUUGGUUUGAAGAAAUCAACUGUGGGAGCAAUUAUUAGGAAAUGGAAGACAUACAAGACCACUGAUAAUCUCCCUCGAUCUGGGGCUCCACGCAAGAUCUCACCCUGUGGGGUCAAAAUGAUCACAAGAACGGUGAGCAAAAAUCCCAGAACCACACGGGGGGACCUAGUGAAUGACCUGCAGAGAGCUGGGACCAAAGUAACAAAGCCUACCAUCAGUAACACACUACGCCGCCAGGGACUCAAAUCCUGCAGUGCCAGACGUGUCCCCCUGCUUAAGCCAGUACAUAUCCAGGCCCGUCUGAAGUUUGCUAGAGUGCAUUUGGAUGAUCCAGAAGAGGAUUGGGAGAAUGUCAUAUGGUCAGAUGAAACCAAAAUAGAACUUUUUGGUAAAAACUCAAUUCAUCGUGUUUGGAGGACAAAGAAUGCUGAGUUGCAUCCAAAGAACACCAUACCUACUGUGAAGCAUGGGGGUGGAAACAUCAUGCUUUGGGACUGUUUUUCUGCAAAGGGACCAGGACGACUGAUCCGUGUAAAGGAAAGAAUGAAUGGGGCCAUGUAUCGUGAGAUUUUGAGUGAAAACCUCCUUCCAUCAGCAAGGGCAUUGAAGAUGAAACGUGGCUGGGUCUUUCAGCAUGACAAUGAUCCCAAACACACCGCCCGGGCAACGAAGGAGUGGCUUCGUAAGAAGCAUUUCAAGGUCCUGGAGUGGCCUAGCCAGUCUCCAGAUCUCAACCCCAUAAAAAAUCUUUGGAGGGAGUUGAAAGUCCGUGUUGCCCAGCGACAGCCCCAAAACAUCACUGCUCUAGAUGAGAUCUGCAUGGAGGAAUGGGCCAAAAUACCAGCAACAGUGUGUGAAAACCUUGUGAAGACUUACAGAAAACGUUUGACCUGUGUCAUUGCCAACAAAGGGUAUAUAACAAAGUAUUGAGAAACUUUUGUUAUUGACCAAAUACUUAUUUUCCACCAUAAUUUGCAAAUAAAUUUAUUAAAAAUCCUACAAUGUGAUUUUCUGGAUUUUUUUUCUUCUCAUUUUGUCUGUCAUAGUUGACGUGUACCUAUGAUGAAAAUUACAGGCCUCUCUCAUCUUUUUAAGUGGGAGAACUUGCACAAUUGGUGGCUGACUAAAUACUUUUUUUCCCCACUGUAUAUACAGUGGGGAAAAAAAGUAUUUAGUCAGCCACCAAUUGUGCAAGUUCUCCCACUUAAAAAGAUGAGAGAGGCCUGUAAUUUUCAUCAUAGGUACAAGUCAACUAUGACAGACAAAUUGAGAAAAAAUAAUCCAGAAAAUCACAUUGUAGGAUUUUUAAUGAAUUUAUUUGCAAAUUAUGGUGGAAAAUAAGUAUUUGGUCACCUACAAACAAGCAAGAUUUCUGGCUCUCACAGACCUGUAACUUCUUCUUUAAGAGGCUCCUCUGUCCUCCACUCGUUACCUGUAUUAAUGGCACCUGUUUUAACUUGUUAUCAGUAUAAAAGACACCUGUCCACAACCUCAAACAGUCACACUCCAAACUCCACUAUGGCCAAGACCAAAGAGCUGUCAAAGGACACCAGAAACAAAAUUGUAGACCUGCACCAGGCUGGGAAGACUGAAUCUGCAAUAGGUAAGCAGCUUGGUUUAAAGAAAUCAACUGUGGGAGCAAUUAUUAGUAAAUGGAAGACAUACAAGACCACUGAUAAUCUCCCUCGAUCUGGGGCUCCACGCAAGAUCUCACCCCGUGGGGUCAAAAUGAUCACAAGAAUGGUGAGCAAAAAUCCCAGAACCACACGGGGGGACCUAGUGAAUGACCUGCAGAGAGCUGGGACCAAAGUAACAAAGCCUACCAUCAGUAACACACUACGCCGCCAGGGACUCAAAUCCUGCAGUGAAAGAUGUGUCCCCCUGCUUAAGCCAGUACAUGUCCAGGCCCGUCUGAAGUUUGCCAGACUGCAUUUGGAUGAUCCAGAAGAGGAUUGGGAGAAUGUCAUAUGGUCAGAUGAAACCAAAAUAUAACUUUUUGGUAAAAACUCAACUCAUCGUGUUUGGAGGACAAAGAAUGCUGAGUUGCAUCCAAAGAACACCAUACCUACUUUGAAGCAUGGGGGUGGAAACAUCAUGCUUUGGGGCUGUUUUUCUGCAAAGGGACCAGGACGACUGAUCCGUGUAAAGGAAAGAAUGAAUGGGGCCAUGUAUUGUGAGAUUUUGAGUGAAAACCUCCUUCCAUCAGCAAGGGCAUUGAAGAUGAAACGUGGCUGGGUCUUUCAGCAUGACAAUGAUCCCAAACACACCGCCCGGGCAACGAAGGAGUGGCUUCGUAAGAAGCAUUUCAAGGUCCUGGAGUGGCCUAGCCAGUCUCCAGAUCUCAACCCCAUAGCAAAUCUUUGGAGGGAGUUGAAAGUCUGUGUUGCCCAGCGACAGCCCCAAAACAUCACUGCCCUAGAGGAGAUCUGCAUGGAGGAAUGGGCCAAAAUACCAGCAACAGUGUGUGAAAACCUUGUGAAGACUUACAGAAAACGUUUGACCUGUGUCAUUACCAACAAAGGGUAUAUAACAAAGUAUUGAGAAACUUUUGUUAUUGCCCAAAUACUUAUUUUCCACCAUAAUAUGCAAAUAAAUUCAUUAAAAAUCCUACAAUGUGAUUUUCUGGAUUAUUUUUUCUCAUUUUGUCUGUCAUAGUUGACGUGUACCUAUGAUGAAAAUUACAGGCCUCUCUCAUCUUUUUAAGUGGGAGAACUUGCACAAUUGGUGGCUGACUAAAUACUUUUUUCCCCCACUGUAUAUAUAUAUCAUUUUUUAUUGUUGUACAUAAAAUACUGUAAAAACACCAGGAAAUCAGCUCCAAGUGAUUGUAAUUUAGGAAAUCUGUUCCCAAUUAUUCCCACGUUUAAUAGAGAGAUUUGACCGUAUAGAAAUAAUAAUAAUAAUUAAUAAUAAUUGAUUGGAUUUAUAUAACGCUUUUCUAGUAACUGAGGUACUCAAAGCGCUUUACAUAGUUGGGGGAAACUCACCUCAUCCACCAUCAAUGUGUAGCACCCACCUCAGUGAUGAACGGUGACCAAUUUUGUGCCAGAAUGCUCACCACACAUCAGCUAUCAGGUGGAGAGGUGAGGAGUGAUAUAUGCGCAUUAGGAAUGAGGGGGAUGAUUAGGUGGCAAUGAUGGAAUGUGGCCAGGUUGGGAAUUUAGCCAUGACACAGGGGUGAACACCCCUAAUCUUACAAUAAGUGCCAUGGGAUUUUGAAUGACAACAGAAAGUCAGAACACUUAUUUUAACGUCCCAUCCGAAAGACCGCACCCUACGCAGGGCAAUGUCCCCAAAUGUAAUCAAGGUUUGAAAUGAUUGUUUUAGUCAAAUAUUAUAUCUGUUUAGGCUUCUUGCGGUGAAUUUGCAGUCUAAAAAUAUUUUGUUUUAUUAUGUUCCGAACAUCCGCUCAAGAACAAAUUGGCCCGCGGCUGAAUCUAGUUGAUGAUCUCUGUUAUAUUGUUUUGUCGACAUUUGGAAAGUUUACCGACAAAUUAGCUAUUUCCAUCAGGCCUGAUGUUAAAAAUUUUUUUCCAACAUGUACUUUAUUUACAUUAAAAUGUUGGAAAUGGAACCUGGUUAGGGUAAAUAAAACUUUUACUCAAUAAAGCCAAUAUCAGCAAAGUGUUUACACUACAGAGCCCUAAGCCAGGAAGAGUAUAAAACCCUAUUCUACCAUAUUAGCCUAGUUCUUUUGUGGAAUGGAUCAGACAGUGACUGUGCAAUAUCUUGCUUGUUUUUGACAUCUUCUGUCUGUAAUCCAUUAUACAGGGAGACUUCACCAGAACGGGGGAAAGAAAACUGGCCGGGGUGAUGAAAGACGGCGUGAACUCAGCCAACCGCUACUAUCUGAACCGCUUCAGGGACGCAUACAGACAAGCAGUCAUUGGUAAGAAGGGACCUGUAAUACUUUACUUAAAGCCUGCAGAUGUAAUGCAUUAUGAAGCAGUUUUAAUUCAUUCUAAGACUUGUCAUGAGCAUGCAUGAUUCCCUUAUGUGUUAUUAAUCAUAUCAUAAUGAUCCUGACUAAAUAUCAAUAGCCAUUGUGAGUCAGUAAAAGGAAAAAAAAAAUAUAUAUAGACAUAACAUAUUUCAAGACAUUAUAAAGGUACAUAUAUGCUUAUAACAAGUUCAAAUGCAUUAUACCUGCAGGCUCUAAGUAAAGUGUUAUAAAAAUGGAUUCCACCCUCAUUUAUUUAGUCUUAAAACCGUGACUCAAUCAUCCUUGUUCUUCCCUCCCUCCCCCCUCUCUCUCUAGACCUGAUGAUGGGCCAUCCUGUGACGGAGGACCUGUACUCCAUCUUCAGUAAGGAGAAGGAGCAUGAGGAGAAGGAGCAGGAGAGCCAGAGAGUAACCCAGGAGCAGGUCAGCCUCCUGCUGCAGACCUACAUGCAGCUGCUGCUGCCUGACGACGAGCAGUUCCAUGGUGGCUGGGCCCUCAUCGACUGUGACAUGAGGUUAGUGCUGGAACCAUCCACAAAUCACAACUCUAACCUUAAAGGGGCAGUGCAGUCAUUAACAUGAUUUUCCUGUGUUUUGUAUGUACAGUUGAAGUCUGAAGUUUACAUACACUUAGGUUGGAGUCAUUAAAACUCGUUUUUCAACCACUCCACAAAUUUCUUGUUAACAAACUAUAGUUUUGGCAAGUCCGUUAGGACAUCUACUUUGUGCAUGACAUAAGUAAUUUUUCCAACAAUUGUUUACAGACAGAUUAUUUCACUUAUAUCACAAUUCCAGUGGGUCAGAAGUUUACAUACACUAAGUUGACUGUGCCUUUAAACAGCUUGAAAAAUUCCAGAAAAUGAUGUAAUGGCUUUAGAAGCUUCUGAUAGGCUAAUUAACAUAAUUUGAGUCAAUUGGAGGUGUCCCUGUGGAUGUAUUUCAAGGCCUACCUUCAAACUCAGUGCCUCUUUGCUUGACAUCAUGGGAAAAUCAAAAGAAAUCAGCCAAGAAAAUGGUAGACCUCCACAAGUCUGGUUCAUCCUUGGGAGCAAUUUCCAAAUGCCUGAAGGUACCACGUUCAUCUGUACAAACAAUAGUACGCAAGUAUAAACACCAUGGGACCACGCAGCCGUCAUACCGCUCAGGAAGGAGACACGUUCUGUCUCCUAGAGAUGAACGUACUUUGGUGCGAAAAGUGCAAAUCAAUCCCAGAACAACAGCAAAGGACCUUGUGAAGAUGCUGGAAAAAACAGGUACAAAAGUAUCUAUAUCCACAGUAAAACGAGUCCUAUAUCGAAAUAACCUGAAAGGCCGCUCAGCAAGGAAGAAGCCACUGCUCCAAAACCGCCAUAAAAAGCCAGACUACGGUUUGCAACUGCACAUGGGGACAAAGAUCGUACUUUUUGGAGAAAUGUCCUCUGGUCUGAGGAAACAAAAAUAGAACUGUUUGGCCAUAAUGACCAUCGUUAUGUUUGGAGGAAAAAGGGGGUGCUUGCAAGCGGAUGAACACCAUCCCGACCGUGAAGCAUGGGGGUGCUUUGCUGCAGGAGGGACUGGUGCACUUCACAAAAUAGAUGACAUCAUGAGGAAGGAAAAUUAUGUGGAUAUAUUGAAGCAACAUCUCAAGACAUCAGUCAGGAAGUUAAAGCUUGGUCGCAAAUGGGUCUUCCAAAUGGACAAUGACCCCAAGCAUACUUCCAAAGUUGUGGCAAAAUGGCUUAAGGACAACAAAGUCAAGGUAUUGGAGUGGCCAUCACAAAGCCCUGACCUCAAUCCUAUAGAACAUUUGUGGGCAGAACUGAAAAAGCGUGUGCGAGCAAGGAGGCCUACAAACCUGACUCAGUUACACCAGCUCUGUCAGGCCAAAAUUCACUCAACUUAUUGUGGGAAGCUUGUGGAAGACAUUUCACAUUCUUAAAAUAAAGUGGUGAUCCUAACUGACCUAAGACAGGGAAUUUUUACUAGGAUUAAAUGUCAGGAGUUGUGAAAAACUGAGUUUAAAUCUAUUUGGCUAAGGUGUAUGUAAACUUCUGACUUCAACUGUAUAUUUCCACACAAUGAUAAUGGACUUUUAGUGUAAGAGCUAUUUGAAAAGACUGCCUGAAAUGUCAGGUUGUUUGGCUGGGUGGGGUUUUUGGACCGCCUGGUGACCUCACCAGGCGUUAUAGGUUAAUAGACCUAUAACAAAGAGAGUUUGCCCUCCUCUCUGUCAAUAACAGCUCGUUUUCAGGUUACAAAUCCCUCCCAUUAGGCUCUUCCAAUUAGGUCCCACUCCCAGACAGUCCUAGCAAAAUUAUUGCUUGAGAAAUUGUAUUUUGCUUAGAAGCUAUUUUUGUUUCUUUGACUGAAUCCUUUCAUGAGUUGGCUCUCAUAGUGUUUGUUCUCCCAACACUGUUAGCGUGCAUCAAUUAAAUUAAACUUUUUUUAUUUCCUCAGGGGCAAUUAAGACACACCUCAAAAUCAACACUUUGAAAGUGUUUGUUCCUCAACAAAUUGUUCAUGUAGAAAGCUCAUUGUCAUGUUUUUUCUUCUCAUCAGCCUUAUUGAUGCAACCAGCAAAGACGUGGAUGUUCUCCUUCUGCUAUCCAACAGUGCAUAUUACAUUGCGUAGUAAGUGCCUGAAUUUAUUACAGAAGAGUCAAUUACAUGUUUUAGCCUUAUAUAAUAGUUUUUUUUUUGCUUUCGUUUUUACAGUUAUGAUGAGGAAGCUGACAAAGUCAAUCAGUACCAGCGCCUCAACUUAGAGGGUUUGGAAAAGAUUGAAAUAGGUGAGGAGUGUUUCCCCUUCAGAGAAAUAUAGCUCCACCAAGUGGAAAUUCCAAAGUGUAGACAGGGUCUAAAUCAGACAUCACAGCUUCAAGAUGUAUUUUACACUGUAAAGCUACUAAGCACACGGUUUUCAUUCAUUGUACACAAAUUCUGAAUGAUGCAACUACUGUUUUUGAUUUACCACAAACAUUACAUUUACAUUUACAUUUUAGUCAUUUAGCAGACGCUCUUAUCCAGAGCGACUUACAGUUAGUGAGUGCAUACAUUUUUCAUACUGGCCCCCCGUGGGAAUCGAACCCACAACCCUGACGUUGCAAGCGCCAUGCUCUUCCAACUGAGCUAUAGGAGUAACUCAUCAAUAAAGCUCACAACAUGUCCUAUGUGUUAUUUUUUAGGUCCAGAACCUACUCUGUUCGGGAAGCCCAAAUUCUGCUGUAUGCGUCUACACUACAAGAAUGAGGAGACAAGUGGGUAUUUUCACACACUGAGGGCUGUCACAAGGAAUCCUGAGGAUGACGGUAAAGGUAUGGGAAGAUUAUUUAUUUCAUAAAAUUGUCAGCAUAAAACUAGUCGACCAUGAAUACAAUCUGGUAGAUUGGAAGCGCACUGCCCGUGUAUCCCAAAUAAAUUACCUGAAUUCCUUGUCCUGACCUCCAUUGUGGGAAUGAUUAAUUAUAUUUCAGACACGUUACAGUGCAUAGCUGAGAUGCUUUGCAUAACAAAGCAAGCCAUGGGACUUGACCUGCAGGUGAUUGAAAAGACACUGGAGAGGUGAGUUGGAAUUCAUUAUCACUCUUUCUAGAUCUUCAGAAUAUUCUUCUCGUAGUUACUGUAUUUUACACUUGUGCAGUAUGCCUAUACUAACCCUUUUGACAUGGAUAUGCACUAUGAACAGAAGCCCUGGAUAAAAUACUAGACUGUAUAUUGUCAAUCCAUUUGUUUCAGAAGGCACAGUAAACCUCACGAGGACAUCAUGGGCAGACACACUGACCAGGUCCUGGGCAGCUCUGGUCUGGCUCAGGGAAAGAGCUUCCUCCUCAACAAAUUCUCCUCUCUCAACCAGAGGGUGAAGAAGUCCAACGUCAACAUGGGCUCCUUCAAGGGGAGGCUUGGCAACACCUUCUCCACCAAGCCCGAUGUGAAAGUGAACUUCCUGAAGCCCACCAUUGGGAUCACCCUCUGGAAGUCUGACAGCAGCUUGGAGACCUCAGAGGGGGCAAACACCGGCCCGGCCCUGAAGGACCUUUGUGACAACCACUCAGAGAUGUCAUCCGACUCAGACUCCUACAACUCGGAUGAACACCUGCGCUCCGGCUCCCUGGAGAACGUGGACUACGUGCUGCCCAGCUGCGGCAUCGUGGCGUCAGCACCGCGGCUAGGCAGCAUGGAGCUCAACAUCCGAGUCACUGGCUGCGACAGUAAUAGUAAGCAGGAGGCUCCGGCUCUAGCCAGUCCUGAAGACCAGUCUCCCGGUGCUACCUCAGAGGCUGAGGAGGCCAUCCUGAUAGACUUUGGAACGCCCAUUGAUGCCUAUUGCCACCAAUUCAUCCAAGAUGCGCAGACCAAACCUGUCGAGGUAUUUGGGGAGCAGGUGACUGGUGGCGUCCCCACACAGAACCCACAGGUCCCUUCACAUGCUAAAGGCCCCCUUGCCCUAGACGAGCACCCAGGUUCAGAUCAGCAGGAGAAGGAGCUCCAGCUCCCUCCCAGGCCGUCCCAGCUAGAUGUUGCCUCCAGACCCAAUCUCCUGACUGCCCAGAAGCUCAGCUCGGCAGCUUCUGGCGGCUCUCACAUGGAGGGCAGCCUGGGCCCCUUGCCCGCCGACGGCAAUGGCACCCGAGUGGUCUCUCCCUUUGCCAAGAUCAAGAGCUCCAUGGUGCAGGUGGCCAGCUUGACCCAGGCCGGACUUACCCAAGGCAUCAACUUUGCCGUGGCAAAGGUGCAGAAGAGCCCAGAGCCAGAAAUGGCCGGUCUCAAUGAGACUCAAGAGAACGAGCUGAAGGCAAUGUUUACACAGUGCCAGACGAGGAUCAUACAGAUCUAGCACUUCUAAAGUUGUAGCCUCUAAGCAGGGUUUUGUACAGUUAGUAGUAUAGUAUCUGUGACUUCCAGUACAGUAGCUAGCAGUAGCAUAAGCUUGCACAAGAAGGGGCCCACACUGACUUGACUAAGAACCCUGCUCUUCAAUUCCCUUUGUAGUUGACCUGACCAUGUUUACAGCCAGUGUUGUGUAGUAUAUAAUACCCCAGCUCAAUACACGGCUUACUUAAUCCUAAUGCAAUUCCUUUCCGAAGCACUACCGCAAAGCGUUAUAUUCUGCCCAUAUUAACUAAUUUAUUUUACGCCAUAGCCUAAAGAACAUGAUUUAAUGAAAAGCAGCAAACAGACACAACAUUGUUUCACAUUCUUUAAUAAGACUCAUAAACAGAAAAAGGCAAUAGGCUACAGCUCACUUCAGUUUCCAAAACCAAAUACAGGGAAACUCUACAUAUUUCAACGUAUUGUACAAAACCUGUUGGUUGAGUAUGCAAGUGGGUCUGUACUCUGUACGUAGCAUAGUACCUUCGCUGACGUGUUUUGCGCGACAAAAAGAUGUAAGCAUUCCUUUCAAUUGAUUUUCCAGCUACAUUUGCAUGUCAGGCUAUUGUUAAUAACU